AUGGCUGAGAGCAAAUUACCGCUACGCGAUUUCGACGAAGAGAGCGAAACGGACUCAGAGACGGAAUUACUCAUACGCCGCGAUGUCCCGAGCGGUAAAAUCAACAGCAGCGGCAGCAGCAGCAACCACAACAACAACAUCAACAGUGGCAGGCGGCGCAAAAGCUCAACGGGCUACAGUGGCGUCGACGUCGACGUCGGUGCCAGCAGCUCUGCCGCCGGCGGCCGAGGCAGCUUUCUGGGCAAUCUCUUUGGAUCCCACAGUUUUGGCUCUGCCGCCGGCCAGAUACGUUAUAGAAAUGAGCGGAGUCGCGAGCGCGCCAAGAACUCCAACGGCAUCUAUAGCAGCAUUUCGAAACUGGCGCAAUUAACGCACACGUCAUCGGGCGUCGCGGGGGCGGGUUCGGUAGGUGGGAGUGGCACUGCCGGCGUUAUCGGAGGUAUUGGAGUAACCCCUGCCGAUGGAGUAACCACUGCGGCAGUGGGAGCAGCAGGAUCUGCUGCUCCGGGGGAUCACAUCAACAAUGGCGGUACGCACAGCACCAUUGUCGAUCCGGAAAAUGGCUCCUCCACCGUCUUCUACCAGCACAACCGGCGGAAGAGCAAGAGUCGCAGCAUUGGCAACGUCUGCAAGCUGUGCCUCUGCAGCUGCUGGCGCAAAUGGUUCCGGCCACGAGAACUGAGGGCCCGCACCGUAAAUCUGGGCCGGGUCAAUACAGAAAAGUUUCCGCCUAAUGAGAUCCGGAACCAGAAGUACAACUUCAUCACCUUCCUGCCGCUGGUGCUGUUCGAGCAGUUUCGCUUCUUCCUCAAUCUAUACUUCCUGCUGAUGGCGCUGUCGCAAUUCAUUCCGGACAUCCGUAUCGGCUACCCCUACACCUACUGGGGUCCCCUCGGCUUCGUCCUGAUGGUCACCAUUUGCCGCGAGGCGGUCGACGAUUUGCGCCGUCAUCAGCGGGAUCACGAGGUCAACUCGCAGAAGUACAAGCGUCUGUCGGCCACCAACGGCAGCGGCUACGAGAUGGUUCCCAGCUCCAAGCUGAAGGUCGGUGACAUCAUAAUCGUUGAGAAGAACGAGCGUGUGCCCUCGGAUCUGAUCCUGCUACGUACCAGUGAUCGCAGCGGAUCGGUGUUCGUGCGCACGGACCAACUGGACGGCGAGACGGAUUGGAAACCCCGCCUGGCCGUCCCCUACACCCAGAAGCUCAGUCGCGACUCAGAGCUGCACAGCAUCGAUGCCAGCUUCUACGUGGAGAAGCCACAAAACGACAUCCACAGCUUCAUCGCCACCUUCUGCAUGGCGGACGGCAGCGAAGACACCGGACUUAGUGUGGAGAACACUCUGUGGGCCAACACCGUUGUGGCCGCCGGCACAGCCACCGGAAUCGUCAUAUACACUGGAUGCGAAACGCGCAGUGUGAUGAACAACUCACAGCCAAGGUCCAAGGUGGGCCUACUGGACAUGGAGAUCAACGGUUUGACCAAGGUUCUGUUCUGUGCCGUGCUUGGCUUGUCUCUAGUCAUGAUGAUGCUGAAGGGAUUCGGCGGUCCCUGGUACCGAUACAUGUUCCGCUUUGUGCUACUGUUCUCCUACAUCAUUCCAAUCAGUCUGCGUGUAAAUCUGGACAUGGGAAAGGCCUUCUACUCAUGGCAAAUGCAGAAUGACUCUAAUAUCCAGGGAACUGUAGUGAGAUCAACAACCAUACCCGAGGAACUGGGAAGAAUCUCUUACGUACUGACCGACAAGACGGGUACACUUACUCAAAACGAGAUGGUUUUCAAGAAGAUCCACCUGGGCAUAGUGUCGCACGAUGCGGACACGUUUCACCACAUUGGCCAGAUGAUACAGAAGCUUUCUGGGAACAUACUGCAACAGCAGCAAGGCAGCGUUUCUAGCUCGAGCAGCGGCGGAGAGUCGAACAAGCCAAUCAUGUUUGCCGGCAACAGGAUGCGUCGUCCGGAGGGAUGGCGUGAAUGGGAGGCAGUGCGAGCACUGGCCCUGUGUCACAAUGUUACGCCGGUGAGCGAUGACGAGGACAACCGAUCCGUGUCCACGGCAUCGACCGUCACUGGCGGCAACAACUCGCCAACGAAGUCUGUGAUAAACAUCGAGGCACCUGGCAGUACAGACACGGAGCAUCAGUAUCAGGCUGCGUCCCCAGAUGAGAUAGCGCUUGUAAAGUGGACUGAGCAGGUGGGCCUCACCCUGAUUGCCAGGGAUCUCAACACAAUGACGUUGCAGGUGAAGACCCCCAGCGAAGACAAUGACAUUCUACUGCACUACCAGAUCCUGCAGCUGUUUCCCUUUACUAGCGAGAGCAAGCGCAUGGGAAUUAUAGUGCGCGAGAGCAAGUCGGGCCAGAUAACGUUCUAUCUUAAGGGUGCUGACGUGGUUAUGUCCAGCAUCGUUCAGUACAACGACUGGCUUAGCGAGGAGUCUGGCAACAUGGCGCGAGAAGGACUUCGAACUUUAGUGGUAGCCAAAAAGGUUCUCACCGAGGAGCAGUAUUCCGACUUUGAGACGCGCUAUAAUGCGGCUCGACUCAGCAUCACCGAUCGCGUCGCCAAGGUGGCGGCAGUCACGGAAUCCCUUGAACGUGAGCUCGAACUGCUCUGCUUGACAGGCGUGGAGGAUCGUCUCCAGGAGAACGUGCGUCCAACACUGGAGCUGCUGCGCAAUGCCGGCGUUCGCGUUUGGAUGUUAACUGGGGACAAACUGGAAACCGCAUGCUGUAUUGCUAAGUCGUCGCAGCUGAUUGGCCGAAAUCAGGGACUGCACGUUUUGCGUUCCGUUAAGACGCGAACGGAUGCCCACCAGGAGCUUAACAGCUUCCGACGCAAGCAGGGGCAUGCUCUGGUUAUCUCCGGCGAGUCCCUCGAGGUCUGCCUGCAGUAUUACAGACCAGAGUUCUUGGAGCUGGCCACGGCCUCGCCGGCAGUUGUCUGCUGCCGCUGCUCGCCCACCCAGAAGGCCCAGGUGGUGGCCCUCAUUCAGAAGCACACAGGCAAACGAACCUGCGCCGUGGGAGAUGGUGGCAACGAUGUCAGCAUGAUUCAGCAGGCAGACGCCGGAGUUGGAAUUGAGGGACGCGAGGGAAGACAGGCCUCGCUGGCCGGCGACUUUAGCAUUCCGCAGUUCUCGCACAUCGCCAAGCUCCUGCUCAUUCACGGCCGCCGGAGCUAUAAACGUUCGGCGGCCCUCUCACAGUUCGUCAUCCACCGCGGUCUCAUCAUCACCACCUUGCAGGCGGUCUUCUCGGCUGUUUUCUACCUCAGCUCGGUGGCUUUGUACCAGGGCUUUCUCAUGGUUGGUUAUUCGACGCUGUACACUAUGUUUCCGGUGUUCUCACUGGUGCUUGACCAGGACAUCACAUCGGAGACGGCCGUCACGUAUCCGGAGCUUUAUAAGGACCUGUCCAAAGGACGCAGUCUUAGUUAUAAGACCUUCUUUAUAUGGGUACUCAUCAGCAUAUACCAAGGCGGCGUCAUUAUGUACGGAGCGCUUAUACUGUUUGUGGACGAGUUUAUUCACAUUGUGGCGAUCAGUUUCUCGGCUUUAAUUAUGACAGAGCUUAUUAUGGUGGCUCUCACUGUGCGCACUUGGCAUAGGUUAAUGGUGCUUGCGGAAUUAUUCAGUUUGGCGCUCUAUCUCAUUUCAUUGGCAGUGUUGCAUGAGUAUUUCGACUGGGAGUUUAUUUGGUCGUACGAUUUUCUAUGGAAGGUUUCCCUCAUCACGCUGGUCUCCUGCUUACCAUUGUAUAUAAUUAAGUUUUUGCGUAAAAAAUGUUCGCCGCCCUCCUAUUUGAAGCUUUCUUAGAAGGUGGCUUGGCAGAAAAUUUACAAAUUACAAUUUCCACAGACCUUAAUUUUUUUCAUUUCUUUCUGUUCGCAAUUUAAACUUCCUUUAUUAUUUAGCACUUGAUGUGUUGUUUUUUUUUUAACUAAGCAGCCAUCCUACAAUUAUAUCCCUGGAUUCGCCAAUUGCCUCACCAACCCAAAUAUACGUGAUAUCAGGUUAAACUCCCCAUCCUCGACACUACACUUUUGCUUAAUGAUUAUUUUGUUUAAACUUUAAAGUUUCAUAAAAUUCAAGAGACAAAGUGAUUCGAUUAUUGUAAUUUAAAUUAAACCAAUUCUUAUUUGUAAGCGAGGGGAGCAACAGUUUUAAUAUGUAUUUCAAUUUUGUAUACCUGUGUGUAUUGAUUAAUAUUUAAGUCGCAGAAAACCAAAUUAUGUUACUAAUUAUUUAAUUAUAAAAUAAAUUAAUAAUUGUAUCUAUGACUAAAAAUGAAAUCAAUUACAAUGGUAUAGAAAGAGAUGUAAAACGAAAGCUAGAUUUUGUAUAAGGAUUUAGAAAUCGCAUUGGAUUGUGAAAUAAUGAUUAUAAAUAAAUUAACAUAUAUUAAUUAAUUGAUACAAAA